AUGGCGUUGGAGAUCGGCCUGGCCACAAAGCGCCGGGUGUCGAAGAAGAAGUCCGACCGUAGGAAUAGGCAUGAGCCCCAUGAUGAGCUUUUGGCGGAGCAAGCCAGGGCCGUUCUGGGUUGCUACCAUCUGGGCUCAACCGUUGCCAUGAAGACCCGUCGGCCGAAUCUGCUGCAAUUCAACGAUUGGAUGGAUGAGUGUGUGAAACAGUUAGAGCGAUCGCCACAUAGAACAGACCGGCAAUUGGCGGUUUGGUUCGAAUUACAACGAAUCACCGAUGAAGCGAUGUCUUCAUUCGGCUUGGACGACACGAGUGCCUCAUCCCCCUUGACCGAGUCGCGGGUCCAGGCUGUAUUGCGAUGGUUCGAUAAGCGGAUGGAUGCAUGGAGGAGGAGCACCCCGAAUGACAUGCUCACAGUGCCCAUGAUCCUCGAAUAUCGAUCCGCCGUCCUCGCCAUGUAUGAACUCGGCGUAGGGGAAGGCUACCGCGACCCGGACGCUUUUAAAAAGCGCUACUUCACGCUCCCCGCCCUCGAUGAAGACAGCCACCGGCCAUUGGACCCGCAGAUGAGUGCGAUCCGCAUCGACAUCAACGUGAAAUGGAUGAACGCGGCACAGGAACUGCUCGACGCAGUCCUGACCUGCAGUGUGGACACGAUGCGUAGAAUGCCGAACCUGACAUACACCCGAUUCGUUAUGGCCAUGACCUCCCUGCUUAAGAUCCAUUUCUCCGUACGCACGGGUGCCCUCGGCGAGGUGGUGACUCCGGAAACCGUGAAUGUCGGCUACUACCUCGACGCGAUGGCGGAUAAGUUGGGUGAGGCGAGCGGCGGCGGCAAAUACAAGAUCCCGAGUCGGUGGUACCAUGUGGUGGCUGUCAAGGGACGGGACUGGCACGAGCGGUUGGAGAAGCGGUAUACUGGAGGCGGCGCCGGUGAAGUUGGGUCGGGGAUGGUAUCAGCGAGUCCGUCCGCAGCCACGGAGCCGAUUCCCUCGUCAGGCCAUCUGCCGGGGUCACAGGACCAUCCAACACACCUGGACCCGGUCAAUCCGCCAGCAGUGGACUCAUUCUCAGUCCCUCCGGCUGUGUCGCAUAUGCCGCCUGGUAUCGACAGUAUGCGGAAUGAAUAUGUGGCGAUGAGCGGGGCCGGGAUGUGGCCCAUGGAUGGGGGUCAAGGCCAUGGCCACCCCCAAUUCUUCCCGUCCGUGCCUGGGGGAUAUCACCCAUCUCACCCCCAAGCAACGACCCUACCCCCUCAGUUCACAUAUGAUCCGCAAAGAAUGCCUCCACCGGGCGGAGGCCCCAUGCCGGGGACGGGCAUGGAGCUGGACGGUUGGCUUCCGGACGGGAGCAUCUUCGGCAUGCCUCCACUGCCGGAAUUCUGA